GUGGUCUUGCAUAUUACAUAUCACCACCACAAGAUGCCAUCAAAGAUCCAAUUCACACAAUGAUAUAUAUUGUUUUCAUGUUAUCAGCAUGUGCACUUUUCUCUAAAGCUUGGAUUAAAGUUUCAGGAUCUUCACAUGAUGUAGCCAAACUACUUAAAAAACAAGGUGUGGUUACUGGACAUCAUGACUUAUCAAUUUUCAAAGAAUUAAAUAGUCACAUUACUAUUGCUGCUACUUUUGGUGGUGCUUGUGUUGGAGCCUUAUCUGUUGGUGCUGAUUUACUUGGUGUACUUGGUUCAGGCACAGAUAUAAUCUUGGCAAUCACUAUUAUGUGCGAAUAUUUUGAAAUAUUUGCUAAGGAAGCUGUUGAAGAUGAAUUAUUAUUCUAA